AUGGCAUCCCUCACAUUCCUCCUAUUCUUCCUCGCGAUACUCACAAACCACCGCGUGCUCUCGCAGCAAGCUGUCAGCAAAUGCUUCUACCCCAACGGCGACGAAGCCCCCGGCGACUUCCCGUGCAACCAAGACGCGAAUGGCGCGUCAGUCUGCUGCAAUGGCGAUAAAGGGUACACAUGCAUGACAAACAAAUACUGCCGUGGCCCAAGACAGGAACUCGUCAGGGGCUCAUGCACCGAUUCAUCCUUUCCUUCCGCCGACUGCCCGAAACCAUGCGGAAACGGAACCCCGGGGGAUAUCGUCUCCUGCUCCAACGUCACCAAUACCGACACUGCCUUCUGCUGCCCAGAAGACGCCGGCUGUUGCGACAGUGGGAACGGCCAGUUUGACGUCUUUCCCUCGCGGCCAAAAGUCUGGGCGGAGUGGUCAAAGUCUUCGAAGAAAUUCGUCGUUUUGGAUGCCCUUGCCACAUCAACGACAAGCAGGUCUUCGUCAACGCGGGUUUCGACAUCGACAACACCAAUCGAGACAGUCUCGGACACAAAGACAGACUCUACAUCAAACCGGGAAACUGCCUCCCCAUCCCCAUCUUCAACGCCCGACUUUUCCGUCCCACCCGAAUCCAACACCUCGCCUUUACCAGUCCCGCCAGCAUCAGAAGGUCUCACCACCGGCGCCAAAGCCGGUAUUGCUGUUGGAGCUGUGGCCGGUACGAUACUGCUCAUCGCGGUGGUGUUUAUGGCUUACAAGCUCAAAAAGUACAAGCAAGGGCAGGGUGGCAGUUAUGAGCAUCACACACCGCAGAGCAACUGGAGCACUGCUGUCACCGAGGCAAACGGCAACAACGGUACCGGAUACGUCUACGGGACUGCGCCAAAGGAGCUGCCUUCUGCGUGGGAGAGGCCGGUGAAUGCACAGGAGAUGGACGACGGUACGAAUCAGAGGUACAACAACCGACCGGCGGAGAUGGACGGGCAGGGGUACAGGUAA